UCGGGAAACCCGCGACCUGCACGGCCGCGCGGCUGUGGCUCUGCCUGGGCGCGACAGGAUGUGGUUAGUACCUUGAGGAACUGCAGACACCAGAGAGAAAGCCUUAGACAGCCAGGUUGGAUCGAGAGAGCAGAUGCCUGGGAAGCGCUCAAUUUAACCCCAAGUCUCUCUCCAGGAGGGAAAAAAAGGAACAAAGGGAAACCACACUGCAAGGGAAUACAAGGCAAUGCCAGGAUGAGGGAGUUGGAGUGACCUGGGUGAUUCUGUGUGAGUCAGUCAGGGAGGCCUUCCUGGAAGAGGCCAAGGUCCCAGGGUGUGGCCACCACGACCCAUCAGGCUAUUUCCAGGGCCGGGCCAGCGCUUGGAGCUGACCCAGCCGGGGUUCCCAUUGGUUCCCGAGGAUGAGGCUACUCCGCAGACGCCACAUGGCCGUGCGCCUGGCCAUGGCAGGCAGCGCCUUCGUGCUCUUCCUCUUCAUCCUGCAGAGGGAUGUCAGCGGCAGGGAGCAGGCCACAGAGAAACCAUGGCUGAAGUCCUUGGUGAGCCAGAAGGAUCAUGUCCUGGACCUCAUGCUGGGGGCCGUGCACAACCUUAGGGAUUCAAUGCCCAAGUUCCAGAUCAGGGCUCCGGAGCCCCAGCAGACACUGGCCUCCACAAACCGGACCUGCCUCCCCGAGUUCUAUGCCCCAGCUGAGCUGAAGCCCUUCUGGGAACGGCCACCACAGGACCCCAAUGGCCCUGGGGCAGAUGGGAAAGCAUUUCAGAAGAAACAGUGGACGCCCCAGGAGACCCAGGAAAAGAAAGAGGGCUAUAGGAAGCACUGCUUCAAUGCCUUUGCCAGUGACCGCAUCUCCCUGCAGAGGGCCCUGGGGCCGGACACUCGAGCCCCUGAAUGUGUCGACCAGAAGUUCCGGCGCUGCCCCCCACUGCCUGCCACCAGCGUCAUCAUUGUGUUCCACAACGAGGCCUGGUCCACGCUGCUGCGGACGGUGUACAGUGUCCUGCACACCACCCCAGCCAUCCUGCUGAAGGAGAUCAUUCUGGUGGAUGAUGCCAGCACGGAAGAGUACUUGAAGGAGCCGCUGGAGCGGUACGUGAAGCGGCUGCAGGUGGUGAAGGUGGUGCGGCAGGAGGAGCGGAAGGGGCUGAUCACCGCCCGGCUGCUGGGAGCCAGCGUGGCCCAGGCGGAGGUGCUCACCUUCCUGGAUGCCCACUGUGAGUGCUUCCAUGGCUGGCUGGAGCCCCUCCUGGCUCGCAUCGCCGAGGACGAGACGGUGGUGGUGAGCCCAAACAUUGUCACUAUUGACCUGAACACUUUUGAGUUCUCCAAGCCCGUCCAGAGGGGCCGAGUCCAGAGUCGUGGCAACUUUGACUGGAGCUUGACCUUCGGCUGGGAGACCAUACCUUUACAUGAGAAGCAGAGGCGCAAGGAUGAGACCUACCCCAUCAAAUCCCCGACGUUUGCUGGUGGCCUCUUCUCCAUCUCCAAGUCCUACUUUGAGCACAUCGGUACCUAUGAUAAUCAGAUGGAGAUCUGGGGAGGGGAGAACGUGGAAAUGUCCUUCCGGGUGUGGCAGUGCGGGGGCCAGCUGGAGAUCAUCCCCUGCUCUGUGGUCGGCCACGUGUUCCGUACCAAGAGCCCUCACACCUUCCCCAAGGGCAUCAGUGUCAUUGCUCGCAACCAAGUGCGCCUGGCUGAGGUCUGGAUGGACAGCUACAAGGAGAUUUUCUACAGGAGGAAUCUGCAGGCAGCAAAGAUGGCCCGAGAGAAAUCCUUUGGUGACAUUUCGGAACGACUGCAGCUGAGGGAACGACUAAACUGUCGCAACUUUUCCUGGUUCCUGCACAACAUUUACCCAGAGAUGUUUGUUCCUGACCUGAAGCCCACCUUCUAUGGAGCUCUCAAGAACCUCGGCAUGGAUCAUUGCCUGGAUGUGGGAGAGAAUAACAAUGGAGGAAAGCCCCUCAUCAUGUACACCUGCCAUGGCCUUGGCGGCAACCAGUACUUUGAAUACACAACCCAGAGGGACCUUCGCCACAACAUUGCGAAGCAGCUGUGUCUACAUGCCAGUGCUGGCACUCUGGGCCUUAGGGGCUGCCACUUCACUGGCAAGAAUAGCCAAGUGCCCGAGGAUGAGGAAUGGGAAUUCAUCCAGGAUCAACUCAUCAGGAACUCAGGAUCUGGUACCUGCCUGACAUCCAAGGACAAAAAGCCAGCCAUGGCCACCUGCAAUCCCAGUGAUCCUCACCAGCACUGGCUCUUCAUCUAGGCCCUGGAUCACCACCCCCCUGUGGGAGAUCCCACAAGCCUCUUAGGAAACAGGAUUUGGGGGAACCUGAUGUUUGAGAACCUGAUCAUCAGUUCCCUGUCGGCCUUAAAGAUGGAUUUCAAACCCGAUGCAAAUCAAGGCAGGACCUUCCUACUCCUUGCAACAACAUUGGGCCCAUUUUCUUUCCUCCACGUUGGUGGAAGAGACCGUUAGAACACAUAAUAC